GUCAUAAGCUCUCUCUCCUCUUCCAGUUUGUUCAACGACAAUAGGAACUAAAUUUAGAGAUCUAGUACAAGAUUUUUUUAUGGAACUCUGUUAAAAAAAAAAAUUUGCCUAGUCAGUAAAAUUACAAACUGUAUCUAUUAAUUUAAAUUUCAAAAACUUACGUUUAGCUGUACCAAAUUGCGAAUGUUUCGCAACAUUUUGUAUGAAUUAUUGGCUGACUAAAUAAAAAAUAUUAAUAUUACGUAACUACUUAGCAAGUUUUGUUAUUUACAAAACACUGAAAAAUUCAAUCCGCACCGGCCAGAAGCCAGCUGAUACUACUGAUAGUGAUAGUAUCUAAAAAUUUCUCUGAUACACAUCACUUCAAAUCCGCUGAGCAUCCCCGUCAAUGUCGAGACGGCAAGACCUAACCUUUCUUUCGGUUGAACGGGGCACUCGGCUCUCGGCAGUCGGUAUAUAGCGAUAAAGAGGACACAGCCAAAUCGGAGUCUGCACAAAUUUCGUGUUUUAGGAUGGAUUACUUUUUAGUAAAGGAUUUUUCGUGAUAAGCACGGAAAAUAGAAUUUUCGUCUGGUGUUAUUUAUGAGAAUUCGCCACACUGACAAUCACAAGAUAUUAGUUCUGUUUGAAUAAAUAAGAUAAUUUAAGGAACAUGAACUUAUCAAUGUUUAGAAGUGUACAGGGAGCGAUAAGAUGUCUAGUUAAUCGGAUCACAGUACCAAAAACAUUGCAAAUAGUUGAGGGUCGAGGAAUCCAUCAAAUAUGCAGUCACUACUCUUCAGCAUUGACGACAAUAAGCAGUCACAAUCUAUUGAAACCUGUGAGUUUUCUCACACCAAUAUUGCCACAGUUCAUGCAAGUUUGUGGAAUGAAGCAAAAAGGUCGUCUUCAACUUCGUUGUGAGGGUUGCUAUUAUGUUUCGAGACAAGGGAGACUUUAUGUUAUGUGCAAACUCAAGCCUAGACACAAGCAAAUGCAAAUGAUAAAAUCAUUCAAGAAAACUCGCAUUCUAACAUUUGCUCAACAGAAGAAAGUACGCGAGUGGUAGUUUGUAUUUGUUAGGUUUGACACAUAAAGCACCUUCAUACUAGUUAUCUGUUUUUAAGAAAUUUUGUGAAAUAAACAUGAUUUGUUACAUAAA